AUGGACAGCAAACCGGUUGUAUACCUGACCCGUAUUGAGACGUUUGAUUCGGCACACCGUCUGAAUAGCGAACUACUCGAUCAGCAAACAAAUUGCCAGACAUUCGGCAAAUGUAAUACAAUUCACGGACACCACUAUAGAGUAGAGUUGACUGUUAAGGGAACAGUAGAUCCCAUCACUGGUUUCCUAAUGAAUACCUAUGAUCUGAAUCAAAUAAUGCAGGAAACUAUACUAAAACCAUUUGAUCAUAAGUUUAUCGAUAGAGAUAUCCCGUACUUUAAGGACAGUAAUAUAUCGUCGACUGUCGAAAACAUAGUGGUCUACAUAUGGAAAGCCGUUUCCCAGAGAUUGCCUACAAAUGUUUCGUUACAUUCAAUCAAAUUGUAUUCAACUGAGAAAAAUGUUGUCACCUAUUUCGGGUGA